GGGGUGCUGCUGCUGCGCCGGCGAGCGGGGCCGGGAGCGGUACCGGGAGCGGUACCGGGAGCGGGGCCGCGCCGCCACCGGCACAAGGAGAAGUGGGCUGCCACGGCGCCGCGCGUCCCGGCCACGCGGCUGGCGCUGCACCACUUCGACAGCAGCUACAGCCUGCACCUGGGCGCCCUGUGGCCCUCGGUCCGCGCUGCCCUGCUCUGCGAGCAGAAGUACGGGGCCCUCCUCAACAGCUUCGCUGCUGCUGACCAUGUUCCCCAGGAGCUGCAGCUGCUCAACGCUACCGAUUUCAUUUCCAAGGCGCCCCAGAAGGCGCAGCACUGGCAGCAGGGUGCAGCUGUGGGGGAAGCCAGAGGGUGCCAGGAGGGCUCUGGUGAGGGCAGGACUGUGAUGCAGGAAGGAAUGGUGACACAGGCAGAGAUGUCCCCACCACUUUGCACCUCCAUCAGCUCCAAAAUCAAGUGUUACACCUUCCCCAGGGGUGACAUCACGCGCUUUCGCCCUGCACGGCCGGAUGCUCUGGGGCUCCUCGACUAUUACCUGCUGGAUGCAGCCUCUCUCCUGCCUGUCCUGGCACUCAACGUGCAGCCAGAUGACUUUGUCCUCGACCUCUGUGCAGCUCCGGGUGGGAAGACUCUGGCUCUGCUGCAGACUGGGUGUUGUGGGCAUCUGGCAGCCAACGACGUCUCUGUUUCCCGGACGAAGAGGCUGUACCGGAUUCUCCAUAGCUAUGUCCCCAGAGAAGUCAGGGAUACUGUGAGUGUCACGUCCUACGACGGGAGGGACUGGGACCCGGUGGAAGGUGGCACUUUCCAUAAGGUGCUGGUGGAUGUGCCCUGCACGACAGACAGACACUCUGCCACGGAGGAGGACAACAACAUCUUCCACAAGAGGCGAACCAAAGAGCGUCAGAUGCUGCCCAUGCUGCAGCUGCAGCUGCUGAUGGCUGGGAUCCUGGCGGCCAGGCCGGGCGGGGCUGUGGUGUAUUCCACCUGCUCCCUGUCCCCGCUGCAGAACCAGUGUGUGGUGGAGAGGGCUCUGGACAUUGCAGAAGCCCAGUUCAGCAUCAGGAUCCACGUCGAGGACUUGAGGCACUUCCGGGCGCUCUUCCAGGACACGUUUUGCUUCUCCUCAGACUGCCGGCUCGGGGAGCUGGUCCUGCCCCAGCUCACGGCCAACUUCGGGCCCACCUAUUUCUGCAAACUGCGUCGCCUGUAGGAGGGGCAACAGACUCUGUUUGCUGCCAGGAAAUAGCCCAGUAUUUAAGGGAAAGCAGAACUGCUUUAUAUUUAUUUUUCCUUGUAAAAUGUCCCAAAGGAAGCCUGCAGAGAUAGGGAAUAAAUG